AUGUCCUUCAUUAGUUCAUUCAGCAUGAUGGCUACGGAUGCUGCGGAUGCUCUCUGCUGCAUCCUGCAUCCGCGCCGGCUCUCUCUCCUCUUUCUCACCGUCACUCUCUCCUCUCUGCCGGCCCCGACAGCAGCGCUGCUCGGCGUCCGGCCGGAAGACACCCAGAGCGGAGAGCUGUCCGUGCAGGAUGGGAUACUGAGAGCUUUCGAGGGGACCCGCUUCAUGCUGAGGGUUUACUACUCCGCAUCUCCAGCUACGGAGCAGCAUACCAACAGCCUGAACAUCAGCGGCAGACCUGACGCCGCCCCGUGGAUCGCGUUUAUAGAGGAACCAGGUGGGGAUGGCGAGGACACAGAGAGGCGGCUCAAAUCCGAGGGGAACCCGUGCCAAGAGGAGAAUGCCCGGAGCUCUGACAUCGAGCUGCUGGGCUCUUUCAGAUCCACCUCAAGUCACAACUCAGUUUUGGUGGAGCUGCUCGCUAAAGACCUGCGCAGAGGCGAGGUGAUCAAAUACUACUCCAUGUGCGCGUUUGAUGGAGUCAAAUGGGAGCAUUUCAGCACCAAAGACUUCUGGUUGGCGGUGGUGGAGAGACCCCCAGAGGCAGAUGUUUGGCUCCAGGCGGGAGUCUCGGUGCUCUUAUUGGGGUUGUCUGCGCUCUGCAGCGGUCUGAACAUCAGCAUGCUGGCUCUGGACCCCGUGGAGCUGCGGGUGCUGCAAAACAGCGGCACAGAGAAGGAGCAGAAAUACGCACGGAAAAUAGAGUCAGUGCGUAAACAUGGAAACUACAUCCUUUGCACGGUAGUGCUGGGCAACGUGCUCACAAACACAUGCUUUGUAGUGUGGAUGUGCCAGAUUUUAGGAAUGACUGCUCUCUCAACCGCCUCGUGCACUUUUGGGAUAUUCUUCAUAGGCGAGAUUUUACCUCACUCUUUAGCGUCCAGACAUAACCUCGCCAUCGCCUCCAAGACCCUCUGCGCCACCCGCCUACUGAUGCUGGUGUUUUUCCCCAUCGCCUACCCAGUCUCCAAGAUUCUGGACAUCAUGCUGCACCAAGAGAUCAGCAACUUCUACACCAGGGAGAAGUUGGUGGCCAUGCUGCGCGUCACAGAUCCGUACCACGACCUGGUCAAAGAAGAGCUCAAUAUCAUUCAGGGAGCCCUGGAGCUGAGGACCAAGACCGUGGAGGACGUGCUGACCCCGCUAUCAGACUGCUACAUGCUGUCCUCGGACGCCGUGCUGGAUUUCUGCACCAUGUCGGACGUGAUGCAGAGCGGUUUCACCCGCAUCCCGGUCUACGAGAACGACAGAUCCAACAUCGUGGACAUCCUGUUUGUCAAAGACUUGGCCUUCGUGGAUCCUGACGAUUGCACUCCCCUGAAAACAAUUACUCAAUUUUACAAGCAUCCCAUGCACUGCGUGUUCAAUGACACCAAGCUGGAUGUGAUGCUGGAGGAAUUCAAGAGAGGUAAGUCCCACCUGGCUGUGGUGCAGAGGGUGAACAGUGAGGGUGAGGGAGACCCCUUCUACGAAGUGAUGGGCAUCGUCACCCUAGAGGACGUCAUAGAAGAGAUCAUCAAGUCAGAGAUUGUGGACGAGACAGAUCUGUAUACUGAUAAUCGGAACAAGAGGCGAGUGUCCAACCACGAGAGGAAACAGCAGGAUUUUUCCAUCUUCAAAGUGUCAGAAAAUGAGCUGAAGGUGAAGAUAUCACCCCAGUUGCUGCUUGCAACACACCGCUUCUUGGCAACAGAGGUGGAGCCUUUCAGGUUGUGUCACCUGUCAGAGAAGAUCUUGCUACGUCUCAUCAAACAUCCCAGCGUUGUGCAGGAGCUCAAGUUCAACCCCAAGAACAAACACGCUCCUCAACACUACCUCUUCCAGAGAAGCAAACCUGUGGACUACUUUGUUCUCAUCCUACAGGGACGAGUGGAGGUCGAGAUAGGAAAGGAGGCUCUCCGCUUUGAAAAUGGAGCAUUUUCCUAUUAUGGCAUGCCAGCACUCAUCUCCCCGCUGCCUAUUGGUCCGAGGUAUAGUUCCCGUGGCAGUGGUCUGAACCAGUCAGAUUCAUUACUGAGUGGAGGCAGCGUGGGUCAGCUUACUACAGGAGGAGGGGUCUACUUACCAGACUACUCCGUCCGACAGCUUACAGACCUGCAGAUUAUCAAGAUCACCAGGAACCACUACCAGAACGCCCUGACGGCCACCAGGAUGGACAGCUCCCCUCAGACACCAGAUGCGGUGGAUCCUGAUGCUAAAGGGAGGCCUCCUGUCCCAGAGGCCCGCUCACACAGCAUCGCCCUCCCCCUCACACACACACAUACUCGACUGGGGCUGGCACGCCUUGCACAUCUCCAUCCCCAUGGUGGCCUUCAUAACACCUCCCAGCUCAAUGAAAGAAACCGCAUUGUUCGCAGUAAAUCGGAUGGGCAGAGGAGUCCAAACGAUACUGUGUUCCUCCGCAUGGAUGAAAUUCCCUACAUCCAUGAGGACCGGCCAGAAAGCUAUGGAGAGAAUGACGUGCCUACGGAGUCUCAGCCUUCCACCUCUCCCUUCAUCAGCUCUCUGUCUCUGUCCAGCUCGGAGGAGAACAUCGGGAAAAAGCUGUUGCGUAAAUUGAGUAACAAGAGGAGGAAAAAAUCUCGCGAUGGAGAAAGGAGUUUGGAGGAAGGUUCAGAGCAGCCAGCAGUGACGAGCUAGCACAGUGACACUGAGGAUGAAGCUUCCUCCACUGUAUCACUCACUGGUUUUCCUCACUAAACAACCACCCCCUCAUAGACUCCCUCCAUGCUCCGACACAACUCGCACAGGAGACUGAGCCAUCUUAAUAUGAUGUAGCCACCAGUAAUACUCAGGUCCCCACUGGCACACUCUGUCCCACCUCUGCCUGAAUUCACACCCUUAAAGUGAUUAUAAGUGGGACAGAUCUGACAAAAACUUGAUUGGACAAAUCUAAACAACAUAGUAUU